AUGUCUCUGAUCAAGAAGAAAAUCCCCCUAUCGACUCACACCUCCUCCAUCACUCCAUCACGUCCUCCAUCAGCCUCCUCCCUCACUCCACCACGUUCUCCUCCAUCCUCCUCCUCCCUCACUCCACCACUCUCCUCCCUCAUUCCAUCACGUUCUCCACCAGCCUCCUCCCUCACUCCACCACGUUCUCCACCAGCCUCUGCCCUCACUCCAUCACAUUCUCCACCAGCCUCUGCCCUCACUCCUUCACCCUCCUCCCUCACUCCAUCACGUUCUCCAUCAGCCUCCACCCUCACUCCAUCACGUCUUCCAUCAGCCUCCUCCCUCACUCCAUCAUGUUCUCCAUCAGCCUCCACCCUCACUCCAUCAUGUCUUCCAUCAGCCUCCUCCCUCACUCCAUCAUAUCCUCCAUCCUCCUCCUCCCUCAUUCCAUCACGUUCUCCACCAGCCUCCUCCCUCACUCCACCACGUUCUCCACCAGCCUCUGCCCUCACUCCAUCACAUUCUCCACCAGCCUCUGCCCUCACUCCUUCACGUUCUCCUCUAUAA